CCAGUCUCCUCCCCGAGGGGCCGGGGGCAGGGCCGCCCCUCCCUGCCUCCCUCCCUCCGUCCCUCAGCUGCGCGCAUCUCAUACCAGUCCUCAUUCCGCACAUUCCAGGCUUCCUCCUUUCAAACUCCAGGCCUGGGGGCGGGCAGGGCCCGAGCUCCCGGCUCCCGGCUCCCGGCUCCCCGCUCCCGGCUCCCCGCUCCCGCCGCCCGCGGCUGCGUCCCCCGAACAGGUCCAACGGGCGCUCCUCCAAGCGGAGCCUUGGAGGGCAAGGCCGGCACCAUUACCUCCAACGAGUGGAGCCCUCCUAACUCCCCUGAGGGGAGCAACGUCUCUGGGGGCAGCCAGGCGUUGGACAAGCCCAUCGACAAUGACGCGGAGGGUGUGUGGAGCCCAGACAUCGAGCAGAGCUUCCAGGAGGCCCUGGCCAUCUACCCACCUUGUGGCCGGCGCAAGAUCAUCCUGUCAGAUGAGGGCAAGAUGUACGGUCGGAAUGAGCUGAUUGCCCGCUACAUCAAGCUCCGGACAGGGAAGACCCGCACCAGGAAGCAGGUCUCCAGCCACAUCCAGGUGCUGGCUCGUCGAAAAGCCCGCGAGAUCCAGGCCAAGUUAAAGGACCAGGCAGCUAAGGACAAGGCCCUGCAGAGCAUGGCGCCCAUGUCACCCGCCCAGGCCAUCUCCGCCACAGCCUUCCACAGUAAAAUGGCCCUCGCCCGGGGCCCAGGCCACCCAGCAGUCUCAGGGUUUUGGCAAGGAGCUUUGCCGGGCCAAGCCGGAACAUCCCAUGAUGUGAAACCUUUCUCUCAACAAACCUACACUGUCCAGCCUUCACUGCCUCUGCCAGGGUUUGAGUCUCCUGCAGGACCCACCCCGUCGCCCUCAGCGCCCCCAGCACCCCCGUGGCAGGGCCGCAGUGUGGCCAGCUCCAAGCUCUGGAUGUUGGAGUUCUCUGCCUUCCUGGAGCAGCAGCAGGACCCUGAUACGUACAACAAGCACCUGUUCGUGCACAUUGGCCAGUCCAGCCCAAGCUACAGUGACCCCUACCUCGAAGCUGUGGACAUCCGCCAGAUCUAUGACAAAUUCCCAGAGAAGAAGGGAGGACUCAAGGAACUCUUUGAACGGGGACCUUCCAAUGCCUUUUUUCUGGUGAAAUUCUGGGCAGACCUCAACACCAACAUCGAGGAUGAAGGCAGCUCCUUCUAUGGGGUGUCCAGCCAGUACGAGAGUCCGGAGAACAUGAUAAUCACUUGUUCCACCAAGGUCUGCUCUUUCGGCAAGCAGGUGGUAGAGAAGGUGGAGACAGAGUAUGCCCGCUAUGAGAAUGGCCACUACUCAUACCGCAUUCAUCGGUCCCCACUCUGCGAGUACAUGAUCAAUUUCAUCCAUAAGCUGAAGCACCUGCCCGAGAAGUACAUGAUGAACAGCGUGCUGGAGAACUUCACCAUCCUGCAGGUGGUCACCAACAGAGACACACAGGAGACAUUGCUGUGCAUUGCAUAUGUCUUUGAGGUGUCAGCCAGUGAGCACGGGGCUCAGCACCAUAUCUACCGGCUGGUGAAAGAAUAAGAGACUCAGGGAGCAGGGAGGGGGGAAGAGACGUCGUGUGUGCAGGGACAUGGGGAGGGAAUCUGCAGGGGCAGCCCCUGAAAUGCCAGGAGAGCUGGGAGGUCAUGACUCUUCCUAUCCAGCAACAACCUGCAGUGCCCAACCCCAAAUAAACCCAAGAUGGUAUGUAUUUUCAGAGGACCUGAUCUGGCUGUCUGAGCCUCGGGAGGGACUGGGAGAAGGAGGGGGGCAGACUGGGAAGCAGGCCAGAAGCAGCCCCAGAGAUCCCCAGUGGACUCAGCCAGGAAUGGUGCCAGAUGCUGAAGCUUCGGAUGGGAUGGUUCCUCUGUCACCACUCGAGCCCUGAACUGUGCUGCUGGCCAUGCUGGGAGGCUGCAGGAUAGGCCUGUGGGCUCUCUGUUCUGUGCGUGUCCAGGUGUGUACCUGUGGGUACUUGUGCACAGUGUCCUGGCUACCUGUGUUGCCCCUGCCUCAGAACAGCUGACAGGGAGGCUCAGUGCGCUCAGGGGUUGAGUUUUAGCUAUGGAGGUGACAGUUGUUGGGAAAUUUGAAAGAGGACAUGGCCAGAGCUCUCUGAAUAGUUUUCGUCCAUCCCCAGUGGGAAUGGAUCCCGGAGCCACACUGACUGCUGGGGAGGAUUGGUUCCACAUCACAGGAGCCUGAGACAGGGAGGAGGUUUAGGUGGUGAGGCUGGUGUUACGCAGCAUCCUUUGUGAGAAGGGGGAGUGAAGGCCAAGAAAGUGGGUCAGAGGUCUGCAGUGGACCAGUGGUCUCUAAGACCACACAGUUCUGAAGUUCUGCGAGUCCUUCCUCAGGCUGCCUCCCAGCCAGGAUGCCUGCUGGGUGGUGACUGCAUCGGGGCUAGCCCAGGCUGUCCACUCCCUCCCCAGACAAUAGUAGUUUCUGUGUGCCCUGUGGAUGAAGGAGGGCUGUGGAACCCACCCCAAGCCUCACAGGAACCAGCUAAGGGCUCCCUGGUUUACCUCCUUGGAGAGCUGUAUGGGCUAGGGUGUUGGUGGUCCUGGCUUCAGGCCUGGUAUUCCUAGCUGUCUGACCUCCGGCAGAUUUCUCCACCAGUCUGAGGCCUGGUGUCUUUUGCUCUCUGUAAAGGGGAAGGCAACAGCACCUCCCUUAGAAGCCCCCAGUGAGAAAGAGAGCUAAUGUCUGUAAAGUGCCUGGUGCAAGAUGCACUGAAUAAAUGUGAUUACAAUUAGUUUAACCCUCCGCUUCAUCAGGGAGGCCUGGGUCUAGCUCUUUGCUGCAUCUCGUGGCCCUCUCGUAUCACCCUGUAAUGGGAACCAUAAUUCUGGAAAUCUGGAGCAGAAGGGACCCAGGAUUCAACCUAUAGGUGUUUACUUUGUGCGCAGCACUCAGGGAGAUAUUAUACAGGAAUACAAAAGUGAGUAAGACAGCAUCUAGGAGGUGUUAUGGAAUGGUGGUUAGGAUCAAGGGCUUGAGUCAGACAGCUAGGAUUGAAAUCCUGGCGCUUGGCCACUGACUAGCUUUGUGGCCUUGGGGCAAGUUACUUAAUUUCACUGUGCCUCAGUUUCCCCAUCUGUAAAAUGGGUAUAAUAAGAGUACCUACCUCGUAUAUGUAGAGUGCCUCAAAUAGUGCUGAGCAUGUAAACAUGUUCGAUAAAUAUACAUUAUUUUUAAUAGGAGCUUACAGUCUAAAAAGUCAGAUUGGAUAGUUCCUAAAUGGAGUUGGUUGAUCCUCACAGAAACUGGAGUUCAGAGGUGGGAGAGAGCAGGGUAUGGAGGAUCCAGGGAAAAGGUUGUGAUUGAGAGGGGCUGCCCCUUAGAGGGUGGGUAUUUACAAAGGCUGGGCAGCGUCCCAGAUGGGGGAAAAAAAGCCAACAGCCAGUGUCCUCUUCUCGUCAAAAAGCAACUUUAAAUGCCUCUGGACUGCUGCUAGAUCUCGUGGCAAGUUGCAUAACUUCACUACAUGUGGGGCCCGGCUCUCAUCAAAAGAUGUGCUAUGGAGGUGGGGCGUGGGGUCCCUGAGGCCCUGAGCAGACUGCAUGUGCUCACAUGUCCACGGGCAGCGACUGUCACAACCCUCGCCCUCUCCCCUCGGGAUUUUUGGAUAAGGAGACCUCAUGCUGCCUCCCCUUCCAGUUUGACUGUGAACCUUCAGGCAAAUACUCAAGAAGGAUGUGUGAGCAGCCUCUUGACCAUGGCACAAAUGCACGAGCUAAGGAGAUGAUCUUUUGCAUUAUGGAUGGGAAGGAGUCAGUGCAGGUGUGGGGACCCACUCUUUGCUGUGUGUUUUCCCCUCUCUCUAUAGACUGACCUCAGUAGCCUCAUGGAAAGUCAUGUACUUCUAGCCCUAAGUUCCAGACCAGUCAGCCAUGGGGAUUGCUGAAAGAGAUGCCUCUGCCCCUGGCAUAGUGCAGAUGGGGCCACUGGGGCCAGUGGGAGCCCUGACGUGCCCCACCUGUCUCACAGGCUUGUCCAGCACUCCCCUACGCCCUCUGGAUCAGGUGCCCAUCCCUCCCUUUCAGCUUUGGCUCUGCAUGUUCCCCUGGCCAGUUAUGCCCUUCCUUUGUCUCCCACUGGAGAACUGUUACUCAUUCUUUAAGGGUCAAUGUGGAGUCACCUCUCUCAUGGGGAAGGGUCAGUCAUACCUGCCCUGUGUGGCAGGAGCCUGCCACCCUGACCCAGAACACAGGUACCUCUGUCACCUCUCCUGAUCUUCACCCAGUGGGUGCUGUGCCAUCUCCAUUUGAAAGAACAGAAGGUGGAGCGCAGAGGAGUGAACUGGCUUGCUUAGAGUAUUAAUGUGUGUAUUCAUCCAGCUGACAGAUGCUUCCUUAACUUCCAUGUUGUGUGGGGCGGGCCCAGGGAAUGUGUCUCUGACCAAGACAGACAAGGUCCUUGGGGAGCUUCCGUUUCAUUGAGGAAGAAAACAAAGUGAGCAAGUAACAGGACAUGCAGACUGUUACAAGUGCUUUCAGAGCAGAGAGGGGUACGCAAGUUGAGAGUCACAGGGGAAGCCUUGGGGGCCCAGGGGAGGUGGGGGAAGGCAUUGCGAGAAGAGGCAGGGAGAUAUGGGUGCAGGGCCAGUGCAGAGAGUGAGAGCUGCAUGAGGUACGGGGGCAGCAGGGGCUAGAUCCUGCCUAGGCCAGCUGUCCAGACCUGGGGUUGGGGCUAUGGGGGACAGCUCAGCUUCCUCCACUGCCCAACACUCGUUGCUUGGCAAGGACUUUGGAUUUUACUCUAUGUGAAGGGAGGUCCUGGAAGUGUUUGAACUGAGGGUCUUUUUGAUCUUUAAUCUUUGGUUUUCUUUAGAAAUCAGCACUGGGGCUGCUGGGUCCCACAGAGAAGCAUGUGCAGUUGUCUGCUCCUGAGUCUCUCUGUCCUCCUAGAUUCAAUGCCUGUGGGUGGAGACUGUAGCUUCCUUGGUCUGUUCCUUUCUGUUAACUAAGCACAUUUGGAACACAGCAGGUGCUUAGUAAACGUUUGCUGAAGGAGUGCACGGGUACAAGGCAGUGUGAUCCAUGGCGUCUAGGCCUGGGAGGUAAGGGCCCUGAGCUCGCCUGGGUGGAGCCCUUUGCCCUCCUGACCAUCUAGAGCUGGGGGGGGGGGGGGCGGUGUUGCUGAGAUGGGGAUGUGACAGCAGGCUGCCUCCGGGGCCCCCAGUGAACGUCCAUAGAGUGGGAUGAUCUUCCUAAGGAGAAAAACCCACACAGGACUUGAGGGUAUGUGUGUGUGUGUGUGUGUGUGUGCAUGUGUGUGUAGGUACCAACUCUGCCCUUUCAGGACUGAAGCCAGGGGAGUGAGGAUCAAGGGGUGGCCAUGGCUCAGGCCGCUCAUAGACUGUGUGCCUUGGCCAUCUCCUGCUCUCUCUCCCUAGCCAUAGGCUCCAGGGGACCGUGGGCAGAGUGUGACGGGGCUGGAGGUAGGAGGGCCAGCAGCUCAUAGAAAUAGGGGCGGGGGCAACAGGGAGCUCCUGCUGGCCCACAGCGCUGGGCCUGGUGCAGGCCUGUAUCAGUUCAGUACUGCUCACCUGGGCGGAACUGGCACAGAGCAGGGAUGAGAGAGCCGCAAUGGGUUUUUUUUAGCUCAGGGGCAGUUAUACCCAGUGGUCGCUGUGUCUGACCCCUUCUUACUUAUCUGCUAUAUCAGCUCCAGAAAGAAAAACCAGAAGCUUUCCCCCAAAGACUUAAAUCUGUAUAUAAGUUGUUCUUGAGAACUUAAACCCUAGAGCCAGGCAGACCUAGGGCCGAAUUGGCUGCUGCUAAGUUAUGGGAUCCUGUGCAGAUAGCUUACUCUCCCAGACCUUCAUAACCCUACUUGGGAAAUGGAAAUAAAAUGGCUUUGACUUUAGGUUGCUAUUGGAAGAAGUGUACCUAGCUCACGGUGAGCACUCAGUGAAUGGUAAUAACUUAGGUGUAUUAGAAUCUCCCCGGCUCUGUUCUUUCCACCCCUAAGACAGAAAGACACACACACACACACAUACACAUACGUAUUUUUAUAGAAAACAAAACAAAACAAAACAAAAAGGCUCAUGCCUCCUAGAGCCCACAAGGAAGCCUCAGGCCUUAGUUUAGUGGGAACUGUCUGCACAAAGACAAAUGCUUAGACCUUCAUCCUCAGGUUUCAGAAAUGGGGAAGGAAGUGUUCUUAACCAGGAAAAUAGCUUUGUGGCCUACGAGGGGAGAGAGGCCCCAGGGAAGGGUCUCGAAAGGGAGCACAGAACAGACUUGGUGGGCUAAGUCACUCUGAAUAAGACGCUGUCUGGGAAUUGGAUUUGUUUACUUCCUGAGAGAGGAUGGGAGAGGUGGUCCAGAACCUCUAUAGAAGGCUGAAGCCCGAUUGGUGGAAAUGGCUAAAGGUCUUUUUAUUUUUAAGCUCAUGGAUGUCUAAUAUUCAACUUUAAGUUUUUUGUAUUUUUGCUAUGUAACCCCCCUUUGUCUCCUCAAAUCUUCAGUAAAGUCUGCUACCUACACAAA